UCAGUACAUGGCCUACGUCGAUGCUGUAGAUUAAACUUUCUAAACAAUGGCUACUACCCAGACAUAUAAGGUCUUUGGCCGGAAGUUAGGAGGCUUCAACUCAAUGGGGGUUGAAAAGUCGUAAAUUUUUGUGUGAUGUUGUUAAGAUAAAAACGGCUGUACCUUAAAAAUGUCUGAUCUAUUUAAGUCUGCAAUAGGGUAUUUUAGUAGUAGUAAUGCGUCUGGUGCUGAAAAUGAGUUUAUAGGUCAAACGGUUGAAGUAGGAAACGUAAAAUUAAGGGUGAAGAAAGUAAUUGCUGAAGGUGGAUUCGCGUUUGUAUUUAUGGCACAGGACCCCAAUACAGGGAAAGACUAUGCUCUAAAGAGGCUGAUUGCAGCAGAUGAAGAUUCAAACAAUAUAAUUAAACAAGAAAUUAACAUUCUUAGGAAAUUGUCAGGACAUCCUAACAUCAUCCAGUAUCUCUCGGCGGCUUAUGUUGACAAAUCAAAAUCAGGUCAUGCCUGUGGUGAAUAUCUCCUUGUUACCGAACUGUGCACAGGUGGAAGUUUAGUGGAUGUCUUGACGAAUCGCAGUUCUCCACUACCUGUAGAUGUAAUAUGUAGAAUUUUCUGGCAGACUUGUAGAGCAGUCCAACAUAUGCACAGUCAGCAGCCUCCAGUGAUUCACAGAGAUCUCAAGAUUGAAAACCUUCUGCUGGGAACAGAUGGGAGCAUCAAACUGUGUGACUUUGGUAGUGCUACAACACAAUGUUUCCAACCCGAUCCAGCUUGGUCUGCUAACCAGAGGGCACUGUUAGAAGAAGAGAUGGCAAGAUACACUACUCCAAUGUACCGAGCCCCAGAAAUGGUGGACACCUGGAGUAACCACGCAAUAACUACAGCAUCAGAUGCGUGGGCGCUGGGUUGCAUCAUGUACACGCUCUGCUACAUGAAACAUCCAUUUGAAGAUUCAGCGAAGCUGAGGAUAUUAAACGGGAAUUACACAAUUCCACCUGGCGAUUUGAAAUAUUCCUGUUAUCAUGACAUUAUUCGUGGUUGCUUACAAGUGAAUCCAGCUCAACGCAUGACAGUGGCUGAUAUACUGGAAAGACUUGCUGCUGUUGCUGAAACAAGAAAUAUAAAUUUAAAAGAACCUUUGGUCCUGGAAGGCAAACGUAUUGAUUCCUCUUCUAGUCCAGCGCAUACUGUAAACGAGCCACCAACUGCCACACAUGACAACAUGAAUUCUUCCAAUGCUGUGCAUCAUCCACCUCCACGGCCACCCCCCGCUAGGCCACACUCAGCCCCAGAUACUCAUCCAGAGGCUCCCGGCAGACCCUCUCAACCUCCAUCUCGACCGUCACCUCUUCCACCUAAACAUUCGCCUCUCCACCAGUCUCCAUCACAGUCUCACCAGCAUUCACAUCACCAGUCUAGAUCUCAGCAGGGCAUGCCAGCGACAGCUCAAGUUGGUGGCAGUGGCGGUGGUUUGUUUUCAUCUCUCAGGGGUGGAGCAGGAAAUUUUUUGAAGAACCUGAAAGACACUACCGGGAAAGUUAUGCAGACAGUACAACAGAGCAUUGCACGCUCAGACCUCGACAUUAGUUACAUUACAUCUCGUCUUGCUGUGAUGCCAUUCCCUGCAGAGGGCCUCGAAUCUGCUUACCGUGCCAAUCAUAUAGAUGAUGUUCGUGCUCUUCUAGAAUCCAGGCAUCCAGGAGGUCGGUACGCCAUCUACAAUGCAUCUGGUCGAUCAUACACGUCAGGAAGGCUGGGUGGUGGGAGAGUGGUGGAUUGUGGAUGGAGUAUAGCACAGGGCGUGUCUGCGGGGAAUAUAGUACGACAUGCACCUCCACUUCAUACUCUAUAUAGUAUUUGCAAUGACAUGUAUGACUUCUUACAGCAAGAUCCUAAGAAUGUCUGCAUUGUACAUUGUAUGGAUGGAAAGGCCACAUCUGCAACCCUGGUUUGUGCAUUCCUGAUGUUUGUAAACAUGUUCAACAAGCCUGAAGAUGCAGCACAGAUGUUUGCAGUUAAGCGUAUGCCUCCAGGACUCCACCCUUCAGAAAUGAGGUACCUGCAUUACCUGAGCCAUGUGCUUCACACUCCAGCACUGGAGCCACAUUUCAAACCUGUCACAUUGAUCUCGGUCACUCUCCAGCCAGUACCUCUUUUCACCAAAGUCAGGGAUGGUUGCCGACCUUAUGUAGAAGUGUACGAAGGGGAAGACAGGGUCCUGUCAACACUUCAGGAGUAUGAAAGGAUGCGUCUGUUUAACAUUACAGAAGGGAAGGCUGUGUUCCAGGUGACACUCCCUUUGAAUGUGACUGUCCUGGGAGACAUCACGCUAGUGGCCUAUCAUGCACGCAACACGCUUGGAGGAGUCAUGACUUCUGGGAGGCCAACAGGAAUCAAGAUCGCGCAGAUCCAGUUUCAUACAGGCUUUAUAGCUGAGGAGGAGACUAGUCUCAGGUACACAAAGUCAGAGUUGGAUGAUAUUGGUGAACCAGACCACUAUCAAGAGAGAUUUGCUGCUGUCAUCAAUAUAUUUGUGGCUGAGGAUGAUAGCAACUCAGCCAAACAGCCUCCUUGGUUAGGACAUUCUGCCCGUGGUAUUUCACCUGACUGUCUGUUUUCAACUCGUAUAGAGAAAGAUGAGAAUUUUGAAACAUUUGUGAGUCAUCCAGUGUCACGGGGCUCCCCUGUGGCUUCAGUACGUCCUGCUAAGCCACCACGAAGGCCAACACCACCCUCACAAGCCAGGGAAUACAGGGAUGAGGUUUCAAAUGAACAGACAACAGAACACAGGGUGAAUCCUGAAGAACGGGAAGGUCUUUUAGAAGGUGAUAAUGAAACACUUGCUUCAAGACCUGUUCCACCCCCACAACAGACAGAAGCUACACUUCUGGAUAUAGGAGGUGGCAGCGGAAGUGGAUUGAACACAGCAGAUGCCAACAGUCAACAUGGUAAUGUAGAUCUUCUGAACUUGGCACCAAAUCAUAAGCCACAGAGCAAUGUAGAUUUGUUGGGAGGGUUUUCUCAGCCAGUGUCCGCAACCAGCUUCGGAGGAGGAGGGUCAGGGCUUGAAGAUUUGCUUCAAGGAAGUCAAGGAAGUAAUCCAUCCCAGGGGUCAAGAAAUCCAGAUCUGAUGUUUGAUCCAUUUGGUGGUACUGGUUCUCAGAACUCUGUGCCUAGUUUCACAGCAAACCAUGUGUCUGGAUCCCAGACAUCAAACUUGCUUGGAGGUUGGGAUGGGUUCUCACGACCCCAAGGGCCUGGCUCCUCAAUUCCCCGUAAUGCCAGUACACCAAAUCUUGAAAGUAAAGUUCGGGAUCCUUUUGCAGAUCUUGGCAACUUGACGGCUGGAUUGGGCGUUGGAUCAGCAGGUGGAUGGGCAGGUAGCUCAAAACCUACUACACCUAUGAAUGGAACCCCAAGAGCAGGGAGCCCUAUUAACCAGGGCUCUUCACCCCAGCACAGGCCUUCAAGUUGGACACCACAGGGGACAGCACCUGGCACCACAUCACCCAUGCCAGGCUACAGCACACCUGUUGGCACACCUCACCACACAGCCAAGUCUCCAGCUCAGGAUGCAGGCCGCAGCGCAGACUACAGCAGGGCUCAUUUCGACUCUGUGUUCAAUAAGCAGCAAGACUCAGGCAGCAAAGCUGGCAACAAAGGAGGGAAACAGACAGGUGAUAUAUUUGAUGACUUAUUGGGGUCACAAGGAUAUCAGUUUCCAAAACGUGAAACAGGACCAAGGACCAUCAAUGAAAUGAGGAAAGAAGAACUAGCAAGAGACAUGGACCCAGACAAACUUAAGAUCCUUGAUUGGAUUGAUGGUAAGACGCACAAUAUCAGGGCACUUUUGUGUUCGAUGCAUACCGUUUUGUGGGAAGAUGCAAAAUGGAACAAAUGUGAAAUGCACCAACUAGUUACCCCAUCUGACGUUAAGAAGGCAUACAGACGAGCCUGCCUUGCUGUCCAUCCUGAUAAGCAAAUGGGAACACCAAAUGAACAAAUAGCCAAACUUGUCUUCAUGGAACUAAACAAUGCAUGGAGUGAUUUUGAGUCUGAUGCAAGCCAACAGCAGAUGUUUCCUGCUGCAAACUGAACAAUUAAAUACUCAUUGCCUAACCAGGCCAGCCAACUUGUGAGUGCAAUAUGUACCAUAAUCAUCACAAUAAACUGGAGUCAAAGCAGUUGUGGAAGUUGAAAGACUGUGCAGAAGAAGAUACAUUCUCAUUCAUCCAUUUAAACCCAUCACAGCGCAAUAUUCAGUUCAUCUACAGUAAGGGACAUUGUGAUAGGCUUUUUUUAGCUCUAUUAUUUAACAAUGCAAAGUUACCUAAGGAGUCUUGCAAAAUAACUGCUUAUACAGACAAAUAGUGAUUAAUCUAAAAUACAAUAAAUAUGUGUUAUUGUUGCUGUUGAAAAGAUUUAAACUUUAAAACAUUUAAAAAAAAGAAGAAAUCUGUCAUAUAAUCCUGUCAUUAUUUGGCAGUAUUGCCAACUUUUAAGUGUGUAAAAACAUUCCAUAAUAUUUUAAAUGAAGCUUGCCUUAAUGCAGAAUUAAGGCGACAUAGUUCGGGAACUGUAAGGAUUUAUUAAAUGUGUGAAGCAAACCAAGGCAGGAUCAUAUGUCACUCCAUGAUACUGGAAGGAUGAGAUAACAGAACUUGGCUUUCCUUUAAUUGUUUACGAUCUAGUGCACCAUAACGUUUUCUGUGGUUUAAAAAUAAUUAAUUGAAACAGAAAUAAUGAUAAUGAAUAACUGUCAGUGACAGAAAUCAAACAGUGAGAAUGAUCUUCUUGGAUCAGUUUCUGGUGUUGCACAUAGGUUUCUGUUAUAUGAUUCAGUUUUUUUUUCACUAAAAGUGAGUUUCGAAACCCUGAAGAUAGUAAUUUUCCUUGUAUUAAAAUGCCAGAUAUCCUUUCAGUAUGAUCUCUCCUUGUUUAUAUAUAAGUUUGAUUCUACCUUAAAACCUUGUUCCUUAUAGAUAGUGUAGAACAUAAUGAAGAUACUAUGUCAUUUUCAUCCUCAUUUGUCAUUAGAUGCCACAUUUUAGAGGUCAGAUCUUCUUUUAUGUCAAAUACUACUACUUGUAUAUAAAUAUGUCCUUCCCCUUUUUCUUCCAUGUUAUGUAUGAAGUGUUUGUAGAAUCUGUAGGAUGUUUUGUCAUGUAAUUUAUCUUUUAACUGACAAUUGUACACAGAAGAGUUGAAAUGAGUAAUAUGUGGCUUUGAAUUGUGCUGUUGAUAGUUUUGUAAGCAAUGAUUCCGUGACUGGUGACAGCUGUGCCUUUUUACAUUCCCUUCAUUGCAGUCGAGCUGGCUGUAGCAAGGAAGUUACAUGGCCAGACAAAGAUAUUCACUGGUCAUGUAUUGAUAGAGGUAUGUGUGGUAAUAGCGAACAGAAUAUUAAGAAUUUAAGUGUUGCAAAAAUUGGUCUCACUUCAUGACAAGUAUUAGAUGCAGCACUUCUCUGGCCAUUCAGAAUCUGUCAGUAUUAUUCCCUUCUCUGUGUCAUAAAAUAUACUAAAUCAAUAUUUAGCUUUCAAUUGGAAGUUUACUAGGUAAAUUAUACUGUUGUUAUGGAGUUGUUCCUUCACAAUUAACAUUUUGUCAACUACAUACUGAAAACACUGAUAACCAUGCUGUGGGUUGUGACACCAUGCAGUCUUAUAGGCAGAAACCAUUAUGUUGAAGCUAAAUGCUUUCUUCAGUUCAGGGUCAGUAAUGAGUAGCAUGAUAACAUGAUUAAAUUACAUAGAUGCAUUGUGAGGAAUGCUGCCACUCAGAUCCACAAAUUUGUGGAUCCCUCUUGAUCUGAUUGAUCCACAAAUCCAUGAAUCAUAGUGACCACCUUUCUUGAAACCUGUCUGUUAACCUAAGUGUAUCCCCACUCUCCUCACUUUGAUCCAGAAGCAACGGCAGCAUACACCGCUGCGACACUGGCUUCCACCUACAGGACAGAAGACUUGAAUAUCAACCUGACAACUGUUUAACAUACAAAGAUUAAUUUCAUAUCAAAACAACUCUGUGAUUUUAUAAACACAUUUAUUGUGUAUAAAACUUCCCUUCAUCUCCUCUGAAGUUAUACCAUAUUAUUUCUUUAGAAGUGUUGUUAUUUUCUUCAGUUAAGAGAGUUUUGUUAUCGAAUGCAUGUGGCAGUAUACAUGCAUUUGCACAAGUGUCUGGUGUUCAUGUGUAGGAAAUACAAAGAAGGAACAGUCCACCAAUUUUAGACAGUACACUAAGUGUAAAACAAAAGCUGUUUGUAGAACAAAAGUUUGUUGUUAAUAAGACUAAUACUAUUAUUGAGUAGCCAAAAUAAGCUGUGCAGUUGACAGUAGAAAAUGGACCAAAAGAGUUUUUUCGAUUGCACAGUUUUAUUUCAGCAUCUGUCUAUGUUACACAUAUUGUUGUCUCUGUUUAAUCCCUCAUAGUGCAUUUUGUGACAUGGUUUUCUUAAGGCAGUGCUUUGUUUUGUAACUACCAUUUACAGAGUUCUGUUCCAGUUCUUACCACUUCCAAAAGAAAACACUUGCAUUAAACAAGUCUUCAGUAAAGGUUUACUGAACAGAGACAAUUUGAAGUUAGACUAUGCAUACUGAUAUAUACAGAUAAGUGACCGUCUCGUAGUGUUAUUUUAUAUAUAAGCAAUAACUGUGACAGUACAAUGUAUAACACAGAAUUUUCAGCCAGCCACAUUGACGUCAUCUCCAGGAAAAUUUCUUGAAACACAAGCUACUAAGCUUUACAUUAAAUGCAAGGUGUAACAAAAUUCUGGGAUUGUAGGCUUGUUACAACAAAUGUUCGAACCCUAAUCCAU